AUGCCUUUUCGCCUCUCCCGCUCAGCGCGCCUAAAGGUUGUUAUUGGCAUUUCAACAUGUUUCUUCCUCGGCGAGAUCUCAGUGGGAUUUUAUACCCAUUCUCUCGCCUUGAUAGCUGAUGCUUUUCACUACUUGAACGAUCUAGUGGGAUUCGUAAUCGCCCUGGUGGCAUUGAACGUUUCAGAAAAGGGUGACUCUCCCCGAGAUCUCUCCUUUGGGUGGCAAAGGGCGCAAUUGCUUGGUGCUUUCUUCAAUGGGGUUCUUCUAUUUGCAUUGGGCCUCAGUAUUUUUCUACAGUCCAUCGAACGCUUCAUCUCGUUGCAGCGUAUUGAGAACCCGAAGAUGGUCUUCACUGUGGGGUGCAUUGGCUUGGGUCUGAAUAUCAUCAGCGCGCUAUUUCUCCACGAGCAUGGAUAUGACCAUAUCUCCCCGCCAAUACUUGAAGAUGGCCUGACGCCCACAAGCGACUGUGACGAAGAUUCUCUAUUGAAGCAUCUCGAUCAUAAACAUCCACGUUUUGAGAACGGAGUAUCCGUGCACUGUCAUGAUCAUGGACAUGGCCAUGGCCAUGGCCAUGUGCACGACCAUGGCGAUCUGGGAAUGGCGGGUGUCCUUUUGCAUGUCCUGUGCGACGCCGCCAACAACCUUGGGGUCAUUGCCGCCGCGUUGGUUAUCUGGUUGGCAAAAUAUGAUGGUCGCUACUAUGCAGAUCCUGGCGUGAGUAUGGGGAUCGCAAUCAUGAUCAUAAUUUCAUCUAUCCCCUUGGUACGGACCACGGGUCUCAUAUUACUGGAAAGCGCCCCCAAUGGUGUAAAUCUGGAUGAUGUGGAACAUGAUCUCGAGAAGGUCCCUGGCGUGCACUCGAUUCAUGAACUACACAUCUGGCGUCUCAACCAGCGCAAAACCAUUGCAUCCGUCCACAUUGUGGUGUCUGACCCCUCAGUAUCUACUUUCUUGAAAACAGCCAAGACUAUCAACGAAUGUUUCCACGCAUAUGGUAUUCAUUCUGCUACCCUGCAACCGGAAAUCUUGUGCGAGGUUGACGAAACGUCCCUAACCUCUGGCGAGAAGGGCCGGCAGUGCCAGAUCGUGUGCGGAGCCCUCUGUGAAGCCCUGACCUGCUGUGGGUGA